AUGGGCUGCCAGAUGAACCAGGCGGACUCUGAAAGAAUGGAAGGCCAGCUACAAGCUGCAGGUUUGGUGCCGGCCGCGGCCAAGGAGGACCCUGACGUCAUCGUGCUCAACACCUGCUCUAUCCGAGACAAGGCAGAGAAGAGGGUCUAUGCACGUUUGGACCCACAUUUGCAACGCAAGCGUCGGGGCGAGGAUGUUACAAUUGUCGUGAGCGGGUGCGUGGCACAGCAGGAGGGUGAGGCCGUGCUCAGCGCGAUCCCCGAGGUCGACGUCGUGGUCGGGCCGCAGUAUGCCAACCGCCUGGCGGAUGUGCUCAACGAGUCGUUGCAAGGCGGGCAGAUCUGUGCGACGGCUGAUGCCCGAAUCAUGGAGGAUGUGACGAUGCCAAACAGGCAGUCGAGCACUUCUGCAUGGGUCAACGUGAUCUACGGCUGCAACGAGCGUUGCUCCUACUGCGUCGUCCCUGCCACACGCGGCUCUGAGCAGUCGCGGCCUAUGGAGGCCGUGAAGCGGGAGGUCGCGCAGCUGACUUCCGAGGGCUAUCGGGAGGUCACCCUCCUAGGCCAAAACAUCGACGCCUGGGGCAGGGACCUCGCCCCCAGGAGGAACUUCGCCGAGCUGCUCCGCUACGUCGGAGAUGCGGCCGGCCUCGCGAGGCUUCGAUUCCUCACCUCGCACCCAAGGUACAUCUCAGAUGAGCUCAUCCACACUGUUCGAGAUGUCGAUGCAGUGUGCGAGCAAUUUCACAUCCCGUUCCAAUCCGGCGACGACGAAGUCCUCCGACGCAUGGAGCGCGGCUACACAGCUGAGCGCUACAGGCAGAUCGUCCGGAAGAUCCGCCAGGAAGUCCCGAAGGCCGGGCUCUCUGCAGAUGCCAUUGUGGGAUUCCCUGGGGAGACGGAAGAGCAAUUCCAGCGAACGGUGGAGCUGGUGGAGGAAGUUGGCUUCCUGACCGUGAACCUGGCCGCCUACUCACCAAGGCCGAACACGCUGGCGGCGACGUGGCCGGACCAAGUUCCUGAGGAUGUCAAGAAAGAUCGCCUUCAACGGCUUGGCGAUGUCGUGCUUCGCACAUCGCUGGCUCAGAGUCAGCGCCUGCUGGGCGAGGUCCACGAACUGCUGGUGGAAGCCCCGCACCCCAGGCGCUCAGGAGAGGUUCGCGGGCGACUGC